AAGAAAGAAUGCCGCCGCUUGCACAGCGGAACCUUGUUGCGCGCAACCCGAUGCAGCAAGGAAAGAUGAACUUGCGUUUCUUCCUUGACCCGAUCACCGCGAAAAAUUGGAACCAAACGUACAGAAAGCGCUGGUGGGAUGAGCGAACUACCGUUCUUCGCCCUUUUGAAUUGGGCUUAUCCCAUGUCGACAAAGAUGCUGCCAUUGUAUCCGACAACUUUGGCCUCGAGGCGGU